GAAAAAAAGAAGUCGAACGACCGGAGGCUUGACAACGACAACUUUUGAUCCCGCGACCGAUCAAUCUUCGACAAACCAGCACAUAUCGUCCGGGAACUUUCGAGAUGAAGUUCAUGAAAGUUGGCCGUGUGGCCAUCAUCACCCGAGGCCGUUACGCCGGAAAGAAGGUCGUCAUCAUCCAACCUCAAGACACCGGCUCCAAGGCUCACCCCUUCUCCUACGCUCUCGUCGCCGGUAUCGAGCGCUACCCCUCAAAGGUGACCCGUCGCAUGGGCACCAAGAAGGUCGAGAAGCGCAGCCGCAUCAAACCUUUUAUCAAGGUCGUCAACUACAACCAUCUCAUGCCCACCCGUUACACACUCGAGCUAGAAGGACUCAAGGGCGUUAUCAGCAACGACACCUUCAAGGAAGUUUCACAGCGCGAGGAUGCCAAGAAAACGGUCAAGAAGGCUCUCGAGGAGCGAUACCAGAGCGGCAAGAACAGAUGGUUCUUCACUCCUUUGCGUUUCUAAAUUAUUCGCCUUUUUUUACGGUGUGAUGGGGGAGUGGUUUCAUUCGGGUGCAUAAUGGAGCGACAUAACAGAAAAUCCGGGAAUUUAUCUGGAAUGGAAGCAUAAUCUUAAGAUAUCUUCCAAGUUUCAUCCCUCAGAAAGCAGCUCAAAUACUCAAAUACUUAGCAGAUGGGAUAUGUUUUCUGAAAAAGGAAUGGGAUGUGUAUUGAAUGUCUCCUCAAAGUCCUUGAUUAUGUUGCAAAUGAAAACAAAAGACGAAGAAAAUUAUUUCCUUUUUUAAACGCUGUUUCUCUCUUUUUUGAAGAUGAGAAGCAUUUUUGGCGUCAAUUUCGAUGAAUCAAUACCAUGCAUUGCCAGUUCAUUUAUUUGAUGUUGCAAUCGAUCAGUAA